AUGGAUGACGAGAUUGAGGAGCAAGACUUAAGGUCAUCGGUGAGUACAGAUAGUCAUACUUUCCCAUUUGAGCCAAUAGUCAAAGAGUUGAAAGAGAUAAGUUUUCUUUUGGAGCAACUUCCUAGGACUGUGGCUGACGAGAUGAAAGAUCACAAAUGUCCGCUCGCUAUAGAGACAGGCAUAUGGAAGUGGUUAGGAGGAAGAUGGAGUAAGCUUGCUUUGGAGGAAACAAAUAGCUGCAGGAGAACGAAUGUAAUACAUGGGAAAAUUUGUGAAGUACUGGAUCCAAGAGGGAUCGAGUCGGAGGAUGAGUGGGAGGAUUACAUAAUUACUAUGGAAAAAGAUGGUGACAUCUUGGCGACAAUUGCAGUUGUGAACGUGGUCAAGGACCUUAGGUCGAAGGCUGUGGAAGAGAAUGUCGUCCGAUUUGGAAAUGGAAAUGAGGGACGUAGCACCAGCGACCCAGUGGACUGCAGCACGGUGCGAGCCCAGAUGGAAACCCUGUGUGGAGAGCUCCUCGGCGGAAACAAGAGGGAUACAAGGUUUCGUAGGAAGUACCAAAGGGUUGUGACGAGUGACCAUACUCUUAUUGAGAUACUUAGGGAUGAUCACUUAGGCGGUAGAGCCAAGUCCAUGUUUCUUUCGCCGUCGGCGGAGAUACGAAACAGAGGUUUCGAAGCAGCUGUUGCCGAGCUAGGAAACUUCCUAGCGGAAGAUACAGUGGCCGGUAGGAUGCGAGCUAUCUCUGAGCUGCGCGAGUUGAGAAUUCGCCCUCAACAGGAUGUCGCUGACUUUUGUGUGGCCCUAGAAAAAUUGGGAAGGAAGGCUAAUCCUCACGGUAGCACUGAGGACAGUUCACUAGAGUUCGCACAUAUCCUCUUGUCUAACCUGAGAGACUGGCCGGAACAUGUGCAGCUACUGAGUGCGCUUUAUAGAACUAAGCCGGAGAAAGCCUAUGAAGGGGUGAAACAAUUAGCCCUUUCCAUCGAGCACGGAGAGCGAGGGCGUACAAAGGCUGCAAUGGUUUCGACAGAGUCAGCGCGACAGUUAGGAAGGAAACUGUUCCAAGACGAGAAGAGGGCGACCGAGAACCCGUAA